AAACGAAAUCGUGCAUGGACAGUAAGAGAUCGGGUGCCUGAAACCAGUCCGUCGGGUCAAUUAAUCUAUGCUCGGGUGUUGUGGAUCUUGGACUUGCAAGACGUCAACUUGAUCGCAAUAUGGCCGCCAAAUCGCCAUUCCCAGAUGUUGAAAUUCCCAACGUGGAUCUCUGGGGUCUCAUAUUCGACCGCAAAGACCGCGAGUUUGCAGACGACAAAGUGCUCUACCGCGCCGUCGACUCAGACCGCAAGUACACCUUCGCAGAUGUCAAAGCACACGCAACCGCGUUCGGCGAGGGCCUCUGCAACCUCUGGGACUGGCAGCGCAACGAUGUCCUGGCCCUCUACACUCCAAACGAUGUCGACGUGCCCCCCAUCAUCUACGGAGCCUUCUUCGCCGGUGGCAUUGUCACGCCCGCCAACCCGGGCUACUCAGCGGACGAGCUGGCGUACCAGCUCGAGAAUGCAGGCGCAAAAGCACUCGUCACGACCAAGGCCUUCUUGAAGACCGCAUUGCAAGCCGCGACCAAGGUCGGCAUACCAGCCGACCGCGUGAUCCUCCUAGGCGCUGAAAAGGACGAAACCCACCGCGUCAAGCACUGGACCAACAUCCGCAAGACGUCCGGCGCGCUGCGGUUCCGCCGCAAGAAAGCGAAGCCCGAGGACCUGGCUUUCCUGGCAUACUCCAGCGGCACCACGGGGCUACCCAAAGGCGUGAUGCUCACGCACCGCAACAUCGUCGCAGACCUACUCCAAAUCAAAGGCUCCGUCGGGGGGUGGUAUUCGGCCACCGCCGACAAGUUCCUCGGCGUCUUACCGUUCUUUCAUAUCUACGGGCUGACGGGGCUGGUGCACCAGAUGCUGCACCGCGGGAUCGAGCUGGUGGUCAUGCCGGCGUUCGACAUGGAGACUUUCUUGCGGGCGAUCCAAGAGCACCGCAUCACGUUCAUCUAUGUGGCGCCGCCGGUCAUCGUCCGGCUCGCGAGGGACAAGAUGGUGGAUAAGUAUGAUUUGUCGUCUGUGAAGAUGAUUACGAGUGGCGCGGCGCCGCUCACAAAGGAGCUUGUUGAUGCGGUGUAUAAACGCCUCAAGAUCAAGAUCAAUCAGGCGUAUGGCCUGAGCGAAACGAGCCCGAUGACACACACUCAGCCCUGGGACGAAUGGUACACCUCAGUCGGCAGCGUCGGCAAACUCUUCGCCAACAUGAGCGCCAAAUACGUCUCAAGCAGCGGCACCGAACUGGGGCCCGGCGAAGAAGGCGAACUGUGGCUCUCGGGCCCCAAUAUCUUCGCCGGGUACUGGAAGAACGCGGCCGCGACCGCGGACGCGCUCACGCCCGAUGGCUACUUCAAGACCGGCGAUGUCGGGUUUCAGGACCAGCAGCACAACUUCUACAUCACCGACCGCGUCAAGGAACUCAUCAAGUACAAGGGCUUCCAGGUCGCGCCUGCGGAGCUCGAGGGGAAAUUGAUGGACAACGAGGGCGUGGAGGAUGUGGCUGUUAUCGGAGUGCAGGAUGAUCACAUGCACACGGAAGUGCCGCGGGCGUAUGUUGUUGCGGCGGGUGGGAAGGGGGAGCCGGGGGAGAACGAGGCAAAGGCGAUUGUGGAUUGGAUUGGGGGCAAGGUUGCGAAUCAUAAGAGGCUGAGAGGAGGGAUUGUUUUUAUUGCCGAGGUGCCGAAGAGUACGAGUGGGAAGAUUCUGAGGAGGCUGCUGAAGGAGAGGGCGAAGGAUGAUGUGCCGCUAGGGAUUAAGAGCCAGGCCAAGCUAUAGGGAAACAGCGUCUGUCUAUUAGCGUGUCAUUGCUCCACAGUACCAUUCGCGAUAGCAGAUUAGGAAGGUAUUUAUUGAGAGCGUGCUGUUGGCUGGUGCUCUACAA